ACGUCAAAUGAAUGUGAUAUAAAUUUACGUAAAUAAACUUCAAUAUGCAUAAAAUCUGCCUGUAUGCAAUAUUCUAAGUGGUGUUUAAAUAAAGCAAGAGGACAGAAUUAUUAUUGACAGAAACACAAAUUAAUAAGUGCUAAUAUCCUUUUAAAAAUGACGAAAUUGUUUCUUAAAACCAACCGCAUAUUCUAUGCGGUUUUGCACCGAUUAAAAUACAGCACGGCACCGAAAACAGAAUCCACAAUAAGAAUAAAUGGCGCAGACUUUAUAACCGAUGAUUACACCAACGUAACCCCUAAAAUACUAUCGUAUUUGGAUCGAAACUUGCAUCUUCAGAAAGAUAACCCUCUGUCGAUAUUGCGGCAAAGAAUUGUGAACUAUUUCUAUUCCUCGUUCACGUAUCGAGGCAAUCCAACCUUUAGUGUGUACGAUAACUUGUCGCCGAUCGUCACGACGAAGCAAAAUUAUGAUGAUUUGUUAAUUCCUCUGGACCACCCGAGCCGUGUAAAGUCGGACUGUUAUUACAUUAAUAGGAACACACUGCUGCGAGCUCACAUGACGGCCCAUCAGAGCGAGCUGCUGAGGUCUGGUCUGGACAACUUCCUUAUGAUAGGACCUGUGUUUAGAAGGGAUGAAAUUGAUUCGACACAUUUUCCCAUAUUUCAUCAGGUUGAUGCAGUAAGAUCACAAAGAAGAGAACAUUUAUUUCCCGAAAAUGAGGACUUACACAUAUUUGAGCCAACCUUCGACCCUACAAAGCCUCACGCCUUCACUAACUCCAUCUCUGACCCAACCAAACAAAGUUGCCACACACUAGAAGCAACUAAACUCAUGGAACAUCAAUUAAAAGAACAUCUCCUCGGUCUUAUAAAGACAUUAUUCGGAGACAAUAUCAAAUACCGUUGGGUUGAAGCCUAUUUUCCAUUUACCCAUCCGUCUUACGAAUUAGAAAUAUUCUACAAUAAUAAUUGGCUUGAGGUUCUCGGCUGUGGUAUUGUUAGAAAUGAAAUAUUAGUCAACGCAGGACCAAAUCACACUAUUGCCUAUGCGUUUGGCUUAGGCUUAGAAAGGCUAGCCAUGGCAUUGUAUAAAAUCCCCGACAUAAGGUUAAUGUGGAGUACGGACUCUGGAUUUUUAACACAAUUUCAGAAUAAAGAGCUGAAUGCGGAGAUAACAUACAAGCCUGUAUCUAUGUACCCGCAGUGUACGAAUGACAUAUCAUUCUGGCUGCCAGAGGGGCUCACUAUUGACACAUUUAUGAGCAAUGAUUUCUAUGAUCUAGUCAGAGAUAUUGGAGGUGAUAUUAUUGAACAGGUAAAAUUAAAGGACAAAUUCGUCCACCCAAAGUCGAAGAAGCACAGUUUAUGCUACAGCAUCGUGUACAGACAUCUUGAAAGGACACUGACUCAAGCGGAGGUCAACCAAGUACAUAAGGAGAUUGAGAAAGCGGCCAUCGCGGCGUUCAAUGUUGCUAUUAGAUAGGUUAAUAAAUAUCUAAAUUUAUUUAUAAUAUAUGUCUGAACGACCCUCAGAGUAAAGUAAUGAAGUUGGCAUCCGUCAAAGAUUUUUAUAGAUGGCGCCAUUAUAGAUUUUUAUGUCUCUAGUUUUGUUCUAUGAGAUUUGACUAACCUUUUCAACGCCAAAGACCACUAAAACGGUCAACGUCUGUCGUGCCCGCGACGCCAAUGACCAUUAAAAAGGCUAUGGCGGACGUUGUCAAAGCGACUUUCCUACUGUCAGUUAAGCUUCAUGUUCGCUCUUCACCAGUUAACUUUUUGGCGUCCAUGGCAUUUCUUGACACGUGUGGAAAAGCGUUGAAAAGGUUAAAGGCAUCCAGGUCUGACAGGUAAAACCGAUACUGGCGCCAUCUGUAGAAUACUUCAACCAGUUAACCCUAUUUAAUAUAAUUAAAGCAAAUUAACUUUUAAUCUAACAUUAAAAGUUAAUUUGCUUUAAUUCUAUAAGUUUCCUGACUCUGGUUGCGAAGCUGGUUGAAAUGAUGUGUACACUCAAUAACUGACGAAGCUAAGCGGGCGAAGUGUUUUUAAUUAUCGGCAUACUAUUAUUAUCUUAACGAUAGGUACAGUUGUUUAGUUCAAUUUGAACACUGCGCCCGCUUAGCUAAUUCUGCUGCGGAAGUGUUCCUACGUUAGUAUAAUAAAUAUUUAUGUUAUUGUUUUAAAUGUUUUUUUUUUCAAUUGAUAGGUUCACCACGUACCACAUAAUCUAACCUCCUGGAUCCCAGAAGCGAUGUUUUGUUUUUGAAUUUGGAACCAUGUCUUGUUUAGUGAAAGUUAAAAUAGUACAUUACGAUACAAGUGCGAAAAAUAGGAAAUUCGAAACGAGUGGCGAUAAAUUAAAACACGACCGAAGGGAGUGUUUUAAAUCGACACGAGUUGCGAAUUACCUAUUCGCACAUGUAUCGUACAACGUUUUACAGUACAUAUGGCCCUUUAAAUGUUCGACACAGUAACGUAAUAUGCUACUUCUCGCACUAGUGCUAUAAAGUAGCCCCAUAUGUACUGUAAAUAAUGUUUUGGAAUUUGUCUUUUAUAAGGGCCUCUGGGACUUAGGAGGCUAACGGAGUCCGCUUCCUGGCGCGGACGCACGCGCGCGGGUGCCAACAGUGUUGACCGGACGUUAAUUAGGAUUGGCCAUUAACCAUUACAAAUUGAACCAUAAACUGUGAACGUUCGUUACUGUUUACGGUUCAAUUUGUAAUGGUUAUUGUCAAUUCUAAUUAACAUUCGGCCAACACUGGGUGCCAUUGUAGGUAAAAUCCGCCGCACCCGUCGGCGUCAGUGGCGUUCAUACUAUUUUUUUUUAAACCGUUCACUCGCGCCACCUAGCGGACACCCUAAGUCAUUAUAACUUUCAUGACACAUUAGUUACAACUGGAAUGUCAUGUAAACGUGUCUUAAAUAAAAAAAAAAUAUACCUAUUCAUAUGGUUGA